GAGAGAGAGAGAAAUUGGAUUGGACAACGCAGGACCGCUGAUGCGCGUGAGCUUGCUGCUUUAUUCUAAAGCUGAUAUUCAGAGGUUUUUCAAUGUUUUUUUUUUAAUUUUUCUUAGAUGGAAAUUGCAUCUUCUUGUAGUGGGAUCUAGGCAUCGUGAUAAGGAUUAAAAAAAAGCCGAAUCAGCCCUGUGGACGACGGACACAAGCAGCAGUGUGUGUGUGUGUGUGUGGGGACCAAGAAGACAGAUUUCCACUAGAGGAACCAUGAUUGGCUUUAGUUUCUAAGCUGCAGUUGGAGGAAUCUCUUCAAAUCCAUGAACCAGAAAAUCCAAAAGACGACCUGUGGAUUCAUAUCCAGGCUACACAACGACCGGCUUCCACCGAAGAUCACAGCUUUAAUCAACAGUAGCUGAACCAGAGUGAAUUGAAGCUCGUAAGCAUCCUGUACAAUAGUAAUUUGCUCUAACCCUGGCUGUAUGGAGCCAGGGCUGAGCAGCUCUACCAUGGUGUUAUUGUGGUCCAGCUGACAUAGAUGAGUGGGUCUGUGUCUCUCAGGCGAGAAGAUGUGUGUGCAAACAUUUCACUACUUAACCUUCGAGACACUGACUGAUUAGAAAUACACAGCCAUUCAGGCUGUUAAAGCUUGGAAAAUACCGAGCCCACACCAGAUUCCUAGAUAUUCCCAGUUUGCCUAAAGACACUUACAUCAGCAUGAGUGGAUUGCUAGAACUUGCUAAAUAUGAAGUAAGCAUUUAAUGUCUUAUAUGUUUUUAAUUAUUUUUUAUACCCAGAAUACUAAACCUCACUAUGGUUUUGCCUCCCCCUGACAAGCAGCAUGUAUGUUUAACUACUAUUGUCAUCAUGACCAGCAUGGCCGUCAUGGACGCGUACCUGGUGGAGCAGAACCUGGGUCCACGCAAGAUUGGCGUUUGCAUCAUUGUAUUGGUAGGGGACAUUUGUUUCCUCAUAGUUCUGCGCUAUGUUGCUGUUUGGGUAGGGGCUGAGGUGAGGACUGCAAAGCGUGGCUAUGCUAUGAUUCUCUGGUUCCUUUAUAUCUUUGUUCUGGAGAUAAAACUGUACUUUGUUUUUCAAAACUACAAGGCCGAACGCCAGACCAUGGAGACCGUCGCGCGGAAAGCUUUGACUCUGCUGCUUUCAGUUUGUGUUCCAGGGCUGUAUUUUGUCCUGGUGGCCCUGGACAGCAUGGAGUACAUGAGAACGUUUCGGAAAAAAGAAGACAUGCGGGGCAGAUUGUUCUGGGUGGCACUGGACUUGUUGGACAUACUGGACAUCCAGGCCAACUUGUGGGAGCCACAGCAAACAGGACUGCCCAUCUGGGCUGAGGGACUGGUGUUCUUCUAUUGUUAUAUUCUUCUGCUUAUUCUUCCAUGUGUAUCUCUCAGCGAGAUCAGUUUGCAGGUAGAGCACAUGUCCCCACAGAAGAUGAUGCUUUACCCUGUCCUCAGCCUUGUUGCCAUUAAUAUUGUUACUACUCUCAUCCGUGGGGUCAACAUGGUGCUUUUCCAAGAUAGCCGAGUCUCCACCAUCUUUAUCGGUAAGAACGUAGUGGCCUUAGCCACCAAGGCCUGCACAUUCCUGGAGUAUCAUCGGCAGGUUAAGGAGUUCACGCCACAAGACCCUGUAACAAUCGCUAUGGAGAUACAGCAGAACUCAGUUCCACACGAUCAGAAGCUGCCGAAUCCUACCACUAGCUUUCCAGAAGCGCCAUCAUCCCCCCGUGAGAUCACUGACACGUGACCAGAAUUGGCAUGGACUAAGAUCUUAGAGCCAAUUCCCACUGUAAGCAUUUUGGAGUCGUCAAACCACACCCAUCUAUCCUGUCCAGUUCAUUACAAUAUAUAUAUUUAAAAUCCUGAUUUCGAAACAUGUACUUGCAGAAGAAAAUGUAUGUGGUAAUGAAACCCAUUAAUACACUAGAAUAGAAUAAACCCAAAUCUAUGCUGUUUA